GAUGCAUUUUGAACAAUCUGCAAUAUUAACGGUGCACAAUCACGUGAUUACACGCAAUCCACGUAUCAGUGUAACUCACGAUAAACACGACCGUCAUCGCACCUGGUACUUACAUAUAAAUAACGUGCAAGAAGAGGACAAAGGCCGGUACAUGUGCCAGAUAAACACGGUGACGGCGAAAACACAAUUCGGUUACCUCAAUGUUGUUGUUCCGCCCAAUAUCGAUGACUCGCUUAGCUCCAGUGACGUAAUAGUACGUGAAGGUUCCAACAUUUCUUUGCGUUGCCGAGCAACCGGUAGUCCACGUCCGAUCAUCAAAUGGAAACGCGACGACAACUCAAGAAUCACAAUUAAUAAGAAUCAUAUAGAGUUCUGAGUAGCCCCC